GAUUUCGGUUGGACAUGGUGUUGCUACAUGUAAAGAAGACGGAGGAGCUUCAGUUCCUAUACGAAACGACAGUUUCGUCUUCGGUUGACGACACCGUGAAGGAAUUAGUGGAUAUUUGGAACAUGCAGAUACAGAUUCGCAGGCUGAUUGACUCCAUGGAAGAUUUAGCUAAGUAUGGACCAGCCAAGAAACCGGACAAGCAGUGCAUUGACACUUACCAGACCGAUGAUCAUGGCAAUCUGAUCAACGACAAGAUCCAGCGAGGACCAUACUACUGUAUGGACCCAACAGGCAGGAGAACGGGGGAGGCCCCAGAGCCGAAGCUUGCAGAAAUCAUCAACAGGGAAAUCAGCAAGGCACGGCAGGUGGUGAACGCCAAGGCUCAGGUUGAGAAGAAACAAGUGGUUACGAAGCAGUUCUUUCAAGAGACUUUAGACAGUCUGCGAGGAGCCGUGAUGAUUGCGUUUCCUGAGGGGUUGCCUGAGUGGGACGAUGUGGGGUACAUCCUCAAAGGAGAGUGGGAGAUUGAUGGGAGGACGAUGGAGGCGUUUGACGACAAGGCAGAACUGUGGUGGGCGGGGAAGCAGAUGGAGCAGGGGCAAGACAAGAAACUCUCCGAUUAUCUUGGAAAGAAUGACAAGACCAAGAUUGUGUGCAAGCUGCAGAAGCCAGGAGGAGGAGCUCCGCAGCGGGAGCCCGCGAUUGAUGAGAGGACGCAGAAAGAGAUGAUGGCGUUCUAUCACAAGAAACAGGAGGAGCUGAAGAAGCUGGAAGAGGACGACGAAGACAACCAUUUGGGUUCUGUAUGGGCUGAUCCAAGGCAGCUGAAGCAGCAUCUUCAAGGAACCGAUGCUGUCCGCUGGAAGUAAGCCGUGCGUGUUGACAGUCACAUCGGCUGGUGUAUGUAGGAGAACAUCGAUGAUGCCUUCAAGUUUGAUUGAAUCUAAGUUGAGCAUU